UAGUAGUCUCCACGGACCCCGACUUAGUCAGUGUCAGGCGGUCAGGCAAUCAAGUUGAGCUCUCUCUUUCGCCAACGACGCGUCGGCCACUGCAGCCUAAUUCAAUUAAAAUUAAAACGCAGAUCUACGCGACCGAGUGAAGAAAUUGCCCCAAAUUCCCGACAAUUAUAGGCCACGCUCGUCAGUAAUCCCGCAUCUGCGUAGGCAGUCAUAUCUGAAUCUCGGCCAUGCAAUCGGACGCAUCUCCCCUGGAAGCCGCGGCCACGGAAUCCCUGCCCAUGCACCGAUCCACCUCCAUGCCCGUGAAGCCAAAGCCGCUGGAGCAGAAGCCCCUGCUCCGGUCCUCCGAGAAGGAGACGGUCAAUGCGGCGGAUUACUACCCGGAAAGUCCGGGAUUCGUGAGGCGCAGGAAGUCCAAAAAUGCCGGCGAUCACCUAGAAACACGCAGCGAGCAGAACUUCCCAUACUCACACGACUGGGCGGGCAGCACCAUAGAGCUAACACCAGAUGUGGGUUCCGGACCAGGAAGCUCUUCACCGGAUGGAAUGAGACGCAGCCUGCAUCGCGUAAUGGAGAAGAACGGCAAGGAGAACGUUGUGUUCCGUCGAAUUCCGGAGAAGUCCUGGCGCUACAUGCGGGACCUGGUCACCACGCUGAUGGAGCUGGAGUGGAAAUACAUGCUGACCCUGUUCCUGGGCAGUUACUUCCUCAGCUGGCUGCUCUUCGCCGCCCUCUGCUACGUGGUGGCCUACUCCCACGGCGACUUCAUCUUCGACCCAGUGAGCGGAGAACGGAUGGGCGAGGGCGAAGAUCCGUGCAUCUUCGGGGUGGGCAACUGGGUGGCCAUGCUCAUCUACUCGGUGGAGACGCAGACGACCCUUGGAUUUGGAGAGAAGUACGCCAGUGAGGAGUGCCCAGAGACCAUCUUUCUGUUCGUAAUGCAGAUGAUGAGUGCCGCCCUCAUCGAAGGAUGUAUGGUGAGCGUGAUCUAUGCCAAGACAGCACGUCCGGCGCGGCAGCUGACCAAGCUGAAGUUCAGCGACAAAGCGGUGAUCUGCUGCCGCGACGGACGACUGUGUUUGCUCUUCCGCGUGUGCGAUCCCCGCGAGCAACAGUCCAUCGAGUCCAAAAUCCGCGUCUACAUGAUCGUCGAUAAGCGCACGCGAGAGGGUGAGAUCGUUAAAACUCACGUGGAACUGAAGUUAGAGGGAAAUGGGGAGCAGAUUAUACUCUGGCCCGAUGUGGUGUGCCAUGUGAUCGACGAGUCGAGUCCUCUGUUCCAGUUCACCACCGCCAAGCUCUUCAAUGCCGCACAACACGAGCUUUACGUGUCCAUUGUGGGCACUUCCCCGGCCACAGGACAAAUGACGGAGGCCAAGACGUCCUAUCUUCCAAGGGAGAUUUUCUGGGGCCAGCGGUUCGUCAACAUCAUCCACUACGAUGCCCAAAACGAGCGUUACAUCGUCGACUACGAGAACUUUAACAGGACCAUUUCAGUGGACAUGCCCAUGAUGCAGCCGACUAGUGAUUAUUUAAAGCUAGAGUACAGAAAGUGAACUUGAAAAUUAAAUGCAUACAUCUUUUAUGAGACAGUU